AUGUCAUCGCAACCAAUCAAGCUAAAAACCUGGCCAGAACCGGUCUAUGAAUGUGACGGAGACUACAGGAACGAAGUCUUUUUGGAGGAACACAUAAGUGGACCACUUUACCAGAACCAGCAAAGUCUUCCGAAACUCCCGAUACCAUCUGUGGAAGAGACUAUUGCAAGGUUUCUUCCUACAGCUCUUCCUCUAUGUCGAACCAAAAAAGAGGAGGUCAAUCUUAAGAUUGCGUGUAGCGAAUUUGCAAGGGAUUCCAAAUCUCUUCAACAACGCUUGGUAAAGCGAAAGGACACUGAAAUGAAUGACACCAGCUGGCUUCAGGUUUGGUGGAAUCAGUUGGGAUAUCUCCAGGUUCGAGAUCCUGUCGUGGUCAACGUAUCAUAUUUUUUUGGUUUUGUCGAUGACCCGGCCCUUGCUCGAAGCCAGAAGCCCUUAAAUGUGCAAAGGGGCGCCAGUCUUUUAUUUUCUGCAUUGAAAUAUCGACAAAAAGUUGUAUCAGGUUGCCUGGAAGCGAGUCGAGCUGGUAAAAAGAAAACGUUGCUGUGCAGCGUCGGGAUCAAAUACAUGAUGCACUCAUGCCGCAUCCCUCGAAAAGAUCAUGAUUGCUAUCAUAUCUACGAUCCUAGUAAGUUCACCCAUGGUCUAGUUGCAAGGAAAGGACAUUUCUUUUCCAUUGAAUUAUGUGACGAACAUGGAAAUCCACUGCCCCUUGAGGUCCUUCAAGAACAACUUACUCAGUGUAUCGAAAAGGCUGAUAGAAUUCCCUCGUCGCGACCGAAACUUGGUCUCUUGACGAGUGAGAAUCGCGAUGUUUGGGCACACAAGAGAAGGGAACUAGUUAGAAAAGGUGGGAAGUUGAUGGAGCUUGCACUCGCAAGACUCCAGAGUUCCUGCUUGUGCAUGAACUUGGAUGAUGAAAGCCCAAGCUCACGGAAGGAAUGUGCUGAACUAUUCUUGACUGGUGGUCUCAAGUCGGGCGAAAAUCGAUGGUUUGAUAAAUCAAUUCAGAUCAGUGUGUGCAACAAUGGAAAGGCAGGGUUACUAGCCGAGCAUGCAAUGAUGGAUGGAACAACCAUGGUGGACUUUGUCAAUUUCAUCUCCAAGGAACAGUUUGAUCGUGCGCCUUACAACUCUGUUACCCUGGCUGCUGGACAAGGCCGUGUCAUUGAUAUCUUUGCAGAAGCAAUGCAGACCAUGGAUUGGGAAGCUACCAAUAUUUUGGUUCGACAAGCAAAAUCCUCAUUUCACGCACUCGUUAGCAAUCAAUGUCUUCGUGUCCAAAAUUUCGAGGACUAUGGAAGCACGUUCAUCAAGAAGGUUGCACGCUUUCCACCAGAUGCAUAUGUACAAAUGGCAAUGCAGCUUGCGACAUAUCGCACCUUUGGAGAACAAGUGGGUACCUAUGAAUCCACUCAAGUUCGUUUGUUCCAACAUGGUAGGACUGAAGUAACAAGGUCAGUUUCAACUGCCAGUGAGGCGUUUGUCGAGAUGAUGGGGAAAGAGUCUACUGGUGGUGAGUCCAAUCCCACCAUUUUAGCCAAAAAAAUGAUUCUUUUGACCAAAGCGGUCACGGCACACUCCAAAUACACACGGAUGGCAGCAGCAGCAAUGGGAGUCGAUCGUCAUUUUUUUGGUUUGUCAAUGGUUGCGGCGGAAAAUGAAAAGCUACCGAAACUAUACAACGAUCCCGUGUUCCAACGAUCCAAGAAAUGGCGAUCCAGCACAAGCCAGUUAUCGCAUCCUUUUAUCGACGUGUGGGGUUAUGGUCAGGUGGUUCCCGACGGAGCUGGAUUGGCUUAUUCCAUUGGAGCGACAUCUUGCGUUUUCUGCAUAACUGGUCUAUCCUCUCCUGGUUACCCAGAGGCGCUUUCCCACCACCUACGUGAAGCCUUGUUGGAAAUGAGGCAGUUGGUGGAAUUCCGAGUGGAGACAGCAAGCAAGUUGUAG